AUGCCUCACUCUAUCACCGUCAAAAAGAUCGAGGGGAAGCCCGGAAAGGUGUACUAUCCCCUCCAACUCAAUGAAGUCCCAAAGCCGACCCCAGGGCCCAAAGAUGUCUUGGUACGAUUAACGGCCGCCGCUCUCAACCACCGUGAUCUCUUCAUCCGGCGCCACCUGUAUCCAGGCAUCUCAUUUGAUCACCCCCUUAUGGCAGACGGAUACGGCAUCGUAGUCGAGGUUGGGAAAGACGCAGACAGAAGCCUUAUCAAUAAGCCAGUUCUCAUCACACCCAGCCGCGGCUGGGCUUCAAGCCCGGACGGGCCGGAAGACAUUCGCAAAUUCAGCGUCAUCGGCGCCACCCAGACGUACCCGGACGGCACCGCACAAGAUUACCUCGCCCUCCCCCAGGACGAGGUCGAGCUGGCCCCAGAGCACCUCACACCCGCCGAAGGCGCCGCCCUACCCCUCGUCGGGCUCACGGGCUGGCGUGCGCUCGUGACGAAGAGCGGAAACGCGGAGAAGGGCAGGAACAUUCUCGUCACGGGCAUUGGGGGCGGCGUGGCGCUCCAGGUCCUCCAGUUUGCCGUCGCGUUUGGCUGCAACGUCUACGUCACCUCUGGCGACGAGGCCAAGAUUGAAAAGGCCAAGAGUAUGGGCGCCGCCGGGGGCGUGAAUUACAAGAAGAAGGGGUGGGAGAAGGAGCUGCAGGCCCAGCUGCCCAAGUCGCGGCCGUACCUCGAUGCAGUGGUCGACGGUGCCGGCGGAGAGAUUGUGGGAAAGGCGGUCAAGGUGCUCAAGCCCGGCGGUGUCAUUAGUCAGUACGGCAUGACGGUGUCGCCGCAGAUGGACUGGCUGAUGCAGGCUGUACUCAAGAAUGUGGAGCUCAAGGGCACGACUAUGGGUUCCCGAGAGGAGUUUAGAGACAUGGUUGCCUUUGUGAGGGAGAAGAAGAUUAAGCCUGUUGUCAGCCGAACGGUCAAGGGACUGACGAACCUCGAGGGCAUUGACGGGCUGUUCAAGGAUAUGGAAGCGGGCAAGCAGUUUGGCAAACUUGUGGUUGAGUUUGAGGAGCCCUCUGCGUCGCCUAAGCUGUAA